AUGUCGUUGGCCCAUUUGGCGGCGUUUUCCAGGCAUGCCAAGCUUCACCAUGUCAUUGGAACGACACUUGGGCAAUGGGUGCUGAUAUGCUUCAUCUUCCUUGUCCUCCAGUUCAUUGGCACAGUGGUGUGCAGGCUCACAGGGGAGAACACUUGGAAUGAUAGCUUCUGGAGUUGUUACACGCUGCUCAUCGACAUCGGCACGCAAACCGGGCUUCCGGCCAAUGCUACCCCGACUGAUAAGUUGGUUUCAGUCGUCAUCUCCUUGGUGGGCUUCGUCUACUGCCUCACGUUGCUGGGCAUGGUGGUGGACCUCAUCCGAGAGGUACUGGAUGACUGCCGCACCAGAUUCAGCAGCGUUCCUGCGAAAGACCACUGGCUUAUCCUGGGAUGGGGUGACAAAACGUUGCUCCUAGUGGAUGAGUUGCUUUCUGCGAUCACUGACGACAAGAAGGGCUGUUGCGGCUGUUGUCGGAGGCGACAGAUAGUCAUUCUGGCAGACCUGCCGGAGCAGCACAUGGCUGAGGAGGUCCAGAUGCACUGCAGGACGGGCCAAUCACGUCACAGCGUGUCCAACUUCUUCUUUCCUUUGAUUCGAUACAAGGAAGGCAACCCCACCGACGUAACAGAGCUGUUGAAAGUCAGCGCGCCAUAUGCGAACGAGAUCCUUGUUGCCAGCACGUCGAGCAAUCCUUCCCGCUCAGAUGUGAAGGCUAUCUCCACCUUGUUGGCUGUUGCCGCCAUGCCUUCAGACUCGCCUGUCACGGGCGACGUUUCCGUAGAGAUGUGCGACCCCAACAACGUGAGAGUCGUUCAGACAAUCCUCAAGCAAGCGCGCGGAAUUGUCGCGCGGCAGCUCGUGAGGAGGAUGCUGGUUUUGAGAUCCCUUGUGCCUUCAGUGGGAUAUGUGUACUUGGCGCUGACUUCCUUUAAGGGUGAUGCCAAUCUCCUGUUUGUCCCAGUUCCGGCCACGGUUCUUGGCGUGCGCUUUCAAGAUGUUGGAAGAUACUUCCCAGAUGCUGUGAUCUGUGGCUUGAGGAGCGCAGAUCUGCCGGAGGGGCGCAUUAUCCCCGCCCCCAGCUAUUGCUUGAAGUCCACAGACACCCUCAUCGCUCUUGCCAAAGAUGCGGCGGCUGGCAGGCGUUGCGUGCCGCUUGCAAGGAAUGACUGUGUCUCCGAUGCGGUUUCGCCAGGUUCCUGUGCUGCAGAUGUGAUCCGUGAAGAUGGACAGAUCUGCUUGGCAGCCUCUGCUGGCGGCCCAAAAGUGGUCUUGCUGUUUGGAUGCCCGGCAGACUUUGUAGAUAUCCUGGACAUCAUCGAUUCCUACUUGGCACCAGGCAGUACCGUUCACAUUCUGUCAAGGAAGCCCAAGGAAGUCCGCCAGUCGAUCAUUGAGCAGCAUCUGAGGCUGUCUGGCCGCACGCAGUUUGCCCGAAUCUCUGUCGAGCAGCACGAAGGCGAAAGCACCAGCAAGUGGGAGAUGCAGAAGCUCCCGCUCGACACGGCGAGCUGCGCGCUGAUCCUUGCGGAACGGCUGACGGAGUCGGAGUCGCCUUUGGCCGCCGACUCACGAAACCUCACGACUGCGAUCAUGGUAAAGCAGCAACUCCUGGACUCCAACAAUGGAGGAGCAAUGACUCGAGUCUUCACAACACACACCCAAGACAGCUCCGUUCUGAAGGGCAGCCGCCACAAGUGCAAGCUCGUCACCGAGCUGCUGGACCCAAAGAGCGAAGCAGUUCUCGCCAGCAACAGCGGCGUUCGGAGCCAGGGCUCCUAUGUCUACACAUCCGCACGGGAGACGGCCAUCUAUGCAGUGGCAUCAGAAAGAAGUGACGUCUACGAGCUCUUGCUGCAACUGAGCGACGCCGACUCCACCAGCGCCUUUGUCACUGUUGCACCCACGUCCCACUACGUCACUUCGAUCGAGGAUCUUUCGUUCUACGAUUUGCAGCUGCGCGUUUUGGCAACUUGUGGUGGGAUCUUGCUGGGAUGGCGGGACUUUUCGGAGCGAUAUCCGGUGCUGAAUCCGCAGCGGAAGCAUGAGGUGAUGGAGUGGACCGACUACACGGACACAGAGCUCAUUAUUCUGCGCCACUCGGAGUCGUCCUUCAAAUCAGGCUGA